AUGAGAGGGCGUAUUCGGAAUGACCCUGUGAAAUACAAGGAAUACAAACGAAAAGAAAAGAAAGCUAACCUGCAAGUUAAUGAUUUACCUGAACCUCCUCAUGAAACUCCAAGCAGACAAUUGCUUCAAGGGAAAAGGCAAUCUAAGAAACACAGACGAAAGUUACACGCUACAAUAAAAAAGUUAGAAGCAAAGAAUGCAAUUUUAAAAAAGAAAAUGGAAACAUAUAAAAGAAGAUGCAAUAGAUUAUUAUUAGAGAAAAGGGAAAAAAGCGCUCUUCCAGACAGUCCAAGAGACAAGGUAAAUGAGUUAAUGAAAAAUAAGGAAAAUAUGAUUGAGGAAAUUAGAAAAAUAGUGCUUUUUGGAGAGGUGAUAAAAAAGCAAAUAGAAGAAAAUCUACGACCUAGUGAAUUAGUCACAAAACUCAAAAAGGAUUUACCUAAAUAUAUGUUGCACAUGCGAAAUAUUAUUCGCCAAUACAAAGUUAUCAACGAUGUUAAAAACAAUCUUGCUGGCAAUGAAAUUUUGAUACACAUGGACUUCUCAGAAAAUUAUAACUGCAAGUAUGGCGAAGAAAUUCAGUCUGCUCACUUUGGGGGUCCAAACCUCAGGUUUCUUUACAUAUGCUGUCUACAGUGUAUUGGAAACUGUGAAUAUUAUCAUCUGGGAUUAAAACAUUUUGAAAACCACUUGCAUAAUGAUUAUGAAGCAGGACCUUCAAGAAGCAACAGGUUGAGAUAUUCUGAUGUGUACUCUUCCUCUUCAGAUGAGGACGAAGUAAUGCAUAAAGUAACUGGGCAAAAAUUUAAUACUGCCGAUGGUAGCUUUGUUAUAGUUUUUAGGGAAGAAAAGGAAGAAAUACUACAUAGGAAAAAUUCUAAGUGA